ACAGACCUGGCCUCAUGGUGGAGGCCGAAGUUUGGACUGUGUGCAUGACCAACAUGGGAAAUGCCUCAGAAACCUUUCUGCUCGUGUCCAACAUAUCCAAAGACAAUGACUUCCUCAUGGGGACUAUCUACAUCAUCUUUGGUGUGCUGUCGGUGCUAGGAAAUGGGAUCCUGCUGUUUGUGGCCUAUAGAAAAAAGUCCUCCCUGAAGCCUGCAGAGUUCUUUGUGGUUAACUUGGCCAUCAGUGACCUGGGCAUGACCGUGACCCUGUUUCCACUGGCGAUCCCCUCGGCCUAUGCACACAUGUGGCUGUUUAAUAAAACAGUCUGUAUUAUCUAUGCCUUCUGUGGUGUGUUGUUUGGCCUGUGCAGUCUGACCAACCUCACAGUUCUCUCCUGCGUCUGCUGGCUCAAGGUCUGCUGCCCAAACUAUGGUAAGACAAGCCCAUUUUAA